AUGGUGAUCAAAGAGGAAUUGAGACAGCAUCGAUUUUGGCGCUCGGUUUUAGCAGAAUUUUUGGGAACUUUCAUGCUGUUAACUGUGGUACUAGGAUCAUCUUGCUUGGCAAUCAGAACUUCACAAUCUAUGGCUUCACCAAUAGCUGCUGGUCUGUCAGUUGUUAGUCUGGUGCAGAGUUUUGGUGAAAUAAGUGGUGCCCAAUUAAACCCAGCUAUUACUUCUGCCUUGGUAUGUGCACGAAAAUUGGAUGUUCUUCAUGGGCUGGCCUUUGCCGUGGCUCAGUGUCUUGGUGGAAUAUGUGCCUCUGCCAUUUUUUAUUUAUCCCUUCCUACAUCUGUCUACAAUCAACUUGUUACAAAGGUGAGUAGUGAGGGAAAUGCAGGACAAGCAUUGGGGAUGGAAAUUAUCUCUACCUUCCAGUUGGCUUUCACAGUCUUUGCUGUGGAUAAUCGAAGGCGCAGAGAUUUUACAGAGCCAGGAAGCCUUGCCAUUGGCUUUUCUCUAACAGCAGGAGCUUUGGCAGCGGGACACUUUUCAGGUGGAAGCAUGAACCCAGCUAGAUCCCUUGGUCCAGCUUUACUGUCUGGCAUUUGGGAGCACCACUGGGUGUACUGGAUUGGUCCCAUUUUGGGUGCUUUCUUUGCAGGUGCUUCAUAUGAAUUUUUCUUUGCAUCCUCUGCAUCAAGAGAAAAGCUGGUCGCCUGUCUCACAUGUAAAGAUAUAGAAAUAGUUGAAGCAGCCAGUGUCUCUCGCUCUUCCCUUUCCAUGGCCACACAAACAGCAGCAAGGACAAGACAGACUGAUCAAAAACAUGAGCAAAAUUAG